AUGGCACGGUGCUACUGUCACUGGCGGAGGUUGCUGAUUUGCCUGUGCACCCCAUGCAUCCUCCUCGUCCUGAUGUUCAUCUACGUCACUGUGAUGGUGUCUUUAAACAUGACAGCUGCAGCAGGAGGGGAGACUUCAGUUUGGGUGACCAAGACUGACAGAGUCCACUUUAUUGCCUCAGGAACGUACACAAUCGAAGGCUUAGCCCCACUGCCUAAAACCUUCUGGGACCCCCACCCACACAGUGGUGCCCUCUGGAACCAUCUCCAGCUGGUCAUCGACCGCCAUUACAACCCCAUCCUGAGCCCCAAGAACACUGAGAGAGGAACAAUUAACACCUCUCACGAGUCUCUGCUGCAGCAAAGUUUCUCAACAGCUCAUUAUUGGGAAAACAUGACAGAAUUUGCAAAACUACCACAGCAAAUGCAGAAUUUUGCAAGCAACAUGCACAAGAGGGAUUACCCCAUCCUCAUCCAGCCAAAUGUGACAUGUGGAGCAGGGGCAGAGGAAGAGGAGGAGCCCCCACUGCUCCUCCUUGCCAUCAAGACAACAGAGGAGAACUAUGAGAAUCGUCAGGCCAUCCGUGAGUCCUGGGGUCAGGUGGGCUGGGUGGCAGGACGGAGACAAGACAGUGGAGGAGGAAGAGGAGAAAGUGUGGGAAAAAAGAGUGGAGGCUAUGUCCGCAGGGUGUUCCUGCUAGGAAGAACUAACCACAAGGAGCAGGGAGCGUACACUGAGUUACUGCAGCAGGAGAGUCAACGUUAUGGAGACAUUCUCCAGUGGGACUUCACUGACUCCUUCUUCAACCUCACCUUGAAAGAUGUGCUCUUCUGGGGCUGGUUCUCACAUCAUUGUGACCGGACCCACUUCAUCUUUAAGGGAGAUGACGACAUCUUCGUCAACAUCCCUGCCAUGAUAGAUUAUCUCCAGGAUCAACUACAGAAGCCAAAAGCACACAAAGCCAUGAGAGAUUUUAUGGUAGGAGAUGUCAUUGGUGCAGCCCAACCUAUCAGAGAAUACAAAUCCAAGUACUUUGUGCCAGCAAGCUUCUACAAGGGCUUUUAUCCUGCUUAUGCUGGCGGGGGAGGGGUGGUGUAUUCAGGCCUGUUGACCAAACGUCUCAACAUAAUAUCUAAAAGCAUUCACCUGUUCCCCAUUGACGACGUUUACGUGGGGAUGUGUAUGAUUAGGUUGAAGGCCUACCCCAUCCAUAACCCUGCCUUUCUGACAUUUGACUUCCCCGGUAAAGAGGAAAGUAAGCCAUGUGCCUACCACACAAUCUUACUGGUCCACAAACGAAUCCCCUCCCAGAUUGUUACGCUGUGGGCGAGGCUAAAAGACACAAAGACUCAGUGUUUGAAUGUAACUCUGAGGAACAAAACCAACAAACACAAGAAUAGGAAUAUCGCACCAAAAAAAUCAUGA